AUUCUGUUCUUACAGAAAAUGCUCGAGUAUAUAUUUAUCUCGUUUAAAGUGUAAAAAAUUUUGGGGAUUUCAAGCAACGCGAACAAACCUACUGAUUAAACACAUUCAUGAGUCUUCAGUCUCUCUAGACUGCUCUAGACCAGAAAUACGCCUGAUCGUCAUUCUGGUCAUUUCAUGUCAGCUAUGCGAGUUAAUGACAAAUGGUCAUUUAAGAAGUAUAUUAUUCAUUUAAAUAGACAUAUAUUGAAACAAAUAUAGGGCAUGCUCACCCCCAACGAUCAUCGCCCUACAAAACUAUAGGAAUUCUGGUACUUUGUCUUGUUAGGGACAGAAAUUCAAACGGAAAAGGAGAAGAAGAAAUAGACCUAUACGAAUAAGCCAAAUAUCAUUAAUUAACAAGUAAAAGAAGAUAAACAGUUUCUGAUCAAAUAAUUUUUAAUUAACAAACAAAAAGUGCAAUAAUUUUGAUGUUUCGGACGCAACGGAGGAUAUGUAAAACUUACAAGCAAUGUUUAAUCAUAUUUAUUUUCUAUUUACCGUGUAUGCUGAUUGAAUAAUAUAAGUAACGAAAAUGAAUUUCGGCGUGGAUUGGGAUGCUGAACAUCGGCGUAUCUUGCUGGAUGGAAAUGCAGCAUUGGAACGUUCAGCACAAUCGGUUGCAAGAUCUCAGGCUGUUGCAGCAGAGAGCGAGCAGAUUGGCACAGAAGUGAUUUCUGAAUUGGGUGAACAAAGAGAUCGUCUCCUACGAGCAAAGCGGAGAUUGUCACAGACGGAUGAGGAAUUGGAUAAAACGCGAAAAAUUCUAAAUGUUAUGCGACUAAAGGUUUUAACAAAUAAAAUUGUGUUAAUUUUGAUUAUAUUACUAGAAUUAGUCAUUCUUGGCAUAAUUAUAUACUUAAGAUUUUUUCAUAAGUGAACUGGGUUAUUAAUUGUCUAUACCAUAUAUUAUUAACCAUAAUAAAACUAAGGUAGAGUUAUGUUGAACAUAAUAUAAAAUAUAAUAUUCAUUAAUUAUUAGAAUGAUUGAACAAUUUCUGUAAAAUUUAAUAAAAUAUGUAAACUAAGUUUUUUAAAAAUAGACUAUGGGUACUCAGAGAA